CACCCGGGUGCGCAGAUGCCGCAUCUCAGCAAGAUGGAGCGGGUGGUCGUGAGCAUGCAGGACCCCGACCAGGGCGUGGAGAUGCGGAACCAGCGCUUGCGCAUCACCGUCAUUCCCCACACCGUGGCUGGCAGCGACGUCGUGGACUGGUUGGUCCAGAAGUACUGCAUCUCAGAGGAGGAGGCCCUGCACCUGGGCACCCUCCUGGUGCUGCACGGCUACCUAUACCCUCUGCGCAGCCCCCGCAGCCUUGUGCUCCGGCCAGACGACACACCCUACAGAUUCCAGACGCCCUAUUUCUGGACGAGCACCCUGUGGCCAGCUGCUGAGCUGGACUAUGCCAUCUACCUGACGAAGAAGAACAUCCGAAAGCAGGGGGCCCUGGUCGGCCAUGAGAAGGAACACUAUGACCAGCUACACAGGAAGAUCAGCCACACGUGGGACCUGGUGGUGAUGCAGGCCCGAGAGCAACUACGGGCAGCUAAGCAGCGCAGGAAGGGGGACAGGCUGGUCAUUGCAUGUCAGGAACAGACGUACUGGCUGGUGAACAGGCCCCCGCCAGGUGUCCCCAGCGUCCUGGAGCAGGGUCCAGAGCGCAGUUCCUGCACGGCCGGGCGAGUGCAGAUGACCAAGAAUACGGAGUUCUACAAGCGGGAGAUGGAGCGCUACAGGAAGGCCCUGACCAGGGCCCGGGUGAAGUCUUCCGUCUGCCUCGAGGCGUACCUGAAGUUCAGCAGCCAGCAUGUGCCACAUGACCCCAUCAUGUCAGGGUGCCUGCCCAGCAACCCCUGGGUCACAGAUGAUGACAUCUACUGGACCAUGAAUGCACCCAGCGUGACUGUGCCCACGAAGCUCCGCGUGGAGCGAUGGGCUUUCAGCUUCCAGGAGCUCUUGGAAGACCCUUUGGGACGGGCCCAUUUCAUGGACUUCCUGAGGACCGAGUUCAGUGCUGAGAACCUCAGCUUCUGGGAAGCAUGUGAGGAGCUGCGCCACGGAGGGCAGGCCCAGGUCCACGCUACGGUGGAUGCCGUGUACCAGCAGUUCCUGGCCCCUGGUGCUGCCCGCUGGGUCAACAUAGACAGCCGGACGAUGGAGCGGACCCUGGAGGGACUGCAGCAGCCCCACCGCUACGUGCUGGACGAUGCCCAGCUGCACAUCUACAUGCUGAUGAAGAAGGACUCCUACCCGAGGUUCCUGAAGUCCGCUGCAUACAAAGACCUGCUGGCACAAGCUGUGAUUCCCCCAGAGGCCAAGAGACGGGUGUUCCCGUUCAUGCGGAAGCUGCCACAUUCAAGCCCCAGCCCUGCUCUCCUUCCUGCCUCCACCUCUGGGGAGCCUGUGGCUGCAGCCAGUGGCCCUGAGUGUGGUGACGGGGGCACCUAG